AUGGCCGUGGGGGGCAACCACAAGGCGCGCCAGUUCUUCAACCAGCACGGCUGGGACGAGACCGGCUCCGACAAAAUCGAGGGCAAGUACACCAGCCGUGCGGCGCAGCUGUACAAAGCGCAGCUGGAGAAGGAGGCCGCCAAGCUGGCAGCAGGGUCGCUUGUGCCAGCCAGCUCUGGCGGCGCAGAGGCAGUGGUGGCGGCCCCAGCGGCGGCGGCCCCGGCGCCCGUUGCGGCGGCUCCUGUGCCGGUGGUUCCCGCGCCUGUGGUGCCCCGGCAAGCGACGGCACCCCGGCCCGCGAGUACCGUGUUGGGCGGUGCCCGCAAGCCCGCUGGCAGCAAGCUGGGCCUGGGCGUGAAGAAGCUGGAGGCAAAGGUGGACGGGGCGCUGUUUGAGCAGGCACCCGCGCCCGAGGCGCCCAAGCCCGCGCCCGCUGCCGCGGCCCCGCGCGGUCCAAGCGACAGCGGCGCGGCGGCACCCGCUCCCACGGCGCCUGCGCCGUCGCGCUUUGCGUAUGAUACCAUCACCGCCGCUGGCGCGCCGAGCAGCAGCGGGCCUGCUGCGGCAGCAGCGCCGGCGCGCGGCAAGGACGGGCACCUGACAAUCGGCGGCCUCGGUGGCGACGACUUCUUCCGGGACCCACUCGGCCGCGCCGUGGCGCCCAAGGGGUCGGGCCCUGCGGCGUUUGGCGGCAUCGGUUUCGUGCCCGUGGCGAGCCCCUCGGCCCCGGGCCAGCGCGGCGGCUCAAGCUCCGCGGUCGAGACGGAGGUUGCGCAGAAGCGGUUCGCCAACGCCAAGGCGAUCAGCAGCCGCGACUUUGAGAGCGGUAAUGGGGAGAGUGAUUACGAUCGCCAGUCCCGGCUGUCCAAGUUUUCUGGCUCCUCCGCCAUCAGCAGCGACGCGUACUUUGACCGCAGCGGCGGGGCGGGCGGCAGCGGCGGCGGCGGCGGCGGCGGUGGCGGCGGCCGGCGGCCGGGCGGCGGCGGUGCCAGCGACCUGGACCUCACGGCGGCGGAGCUGGUGAACCGGCUGUCGUUCCACGCGAAGCAGGACCUGGACCAGGUGAAGGAGAUGGCGGGCAGUGCCGUGCGCAACAUCUCCAGCAUGGCCUCCAAGUUCAUGAACGACCUUGGAAAGUACUAG